GCAGCGCCAACAGUUGCGUGAAGACAAUCGCCAAGUGAUCAAGUGAAUUUAAUACGAAUCUAAAUCAAGUACACAAAAUGCGCGGACAACUGAAAGAGUGCGUCGGAGUGGCAGUGGUGCUGCUCCUGCUGGCGGGGAUCAGCUGGAGCGAGGCGUUUCCCAUGGACCUCUACGACGACGUGAGCGACUUCUUCGACGCCAUCUCGCUGGACGAUGUGGCCAACACCGGGCGCAACACCCAUCCGGAGCAGUACUGCCUCAUGCCGGCGCGCAAGGGCGUCUGCCGCGCCCUGAUCCCGCGUUGGCGCUACGAUCCGGAGCAGAAGAAGUGCGUGGAGUUCAAGUUCGGCGGCUGCGACGGCAACGAGAACAACUUCGCCAGCUACAAGGACUGCAUGUCCACCUGCGAGGGCAUGUAGGUCUCUCCGCUUCCGUAUCCGCAUCCCGAUCCGGAUAGCGAUCGGUCCACCGCGACCGAUGUGUUGCCAAAGGCGGCUGCUUCCCCUCGAGCUCUGCAAUCCAGCGAACCAAAGGCAGCAUUCUCCACACCCAAACUCACGCACAAACAUCACAAUCCAUGCGACUAACAGUCCCAUCUUCUACCUAAUAUUUAUGUAGUUUCUGUCAUUGAAUCCAUCUACUUUGUACUUUCCUGGGUGUGUCCGUCCAGGACUCGCCACCCAGCUAGAGCUUAAGUUAUUGUGAUAAAAUACUUGUAUGGAAUAAAGAAUUUUUUAUAACGACCAA